AAAAAAUAGAAGGAAAAAUUAUUCACUUAUUUCUAACCUAGAGGGGAGAAAAAGGACGAACAGAAGGAGCUUUGUCAAUUAAUGUUGAAGGAGCAGUGAAGCUUUAUUUUAUUUCCACCAAAUACAAAGGCAAUCAGAUUUUGAUCGUUCAGAGGCUCUACGCAAAGGGAAGACAUUAGUUUGAUUGUUCGUGGCACCCGCUCGGCAUUGAGAGUACGAUCCAGGUUCCAGUUCUACACCCCGUGGCUGAUACGCGAGGGUGACAUCUUUCAGUCAUUCAGGAUGGUGAGGACGCGAUCGACCGCUACUGGAGGCCAGGAGCCUGCACCUGCACCCGCACAUGCAUCCAUACCCGUUGCCCGAGCAGCUGUCCGUGGGCGAGGCAGGGGACGUGGCGGAGGACAUGGCAGGGGCAGAGGCCGUGCAGCUAAUCCAAAUAGGAACCAAGCACCAGCACCUGUUCAGGACCCUGACAGAGAUUUAACUCGGGAGCUUGACGACAUUUCGGGAGAGGAGAUUAGGGCUACUGAGGCACAGCCUGGGGUCGCAGCUACUCCUGAUUUUCAGGAGGAUGUGUUUCGAGUGUUGGGGUACUUUGACAGUUUGGCUCAGGCGGGCAUGAUUCCAGUUGCUCCAGAUGGCUCGCAGACUAAAGUGGGAGGUCAUACUCCCGAUGCUACGGUUGCUCCAGGAUUUAGAACAUCGAGGGUAUUGCCGGCAGCAGCAGUGGCUCCCCGUAUUGAUGCUGUUCCAGCGCCUGAUUUUGCUCUAGGGCCUAUGGAUGGGCCAGUGUUGACCAGCGAGGAGCGAAAAUUGUUCGAGGGAUUUACCAAAAUGUCUCCUCCUUGGUUCUAUGGUACUCCCGGGGAGGAUGCGUAUGAGUUUAUUGUUAGCUGCCAUGAGAUGCUUCAUAAGUUAGGUGUAGUGGAGUCUCAUGGGGUCGAUUAUGUUUCUUUCCAGUUAGUUGGGGAUGCCAAGCAGUGGUGGAGAUCGUACAUGGAGUGUCGACCAGUUGGAUCGCCACCUUUGACCUGGACCCAGUUCUACCAGGUGUUCCUGGAGAGAUAUGUUCCUCGUACUCUGAGAGACAACAAGAAGGAUGAGUUUUCGACAUUAGAGCGGCGAGGUAGGACGGUCGUGGAGUAUGAGACCAGAUUUCUCGCUUUGUCCCGUUAUGCGACGGCAUUACUUCCCACGGAGGCUGAGAGAGUGAGGAGAUUUGUGAAGGGUUUGGACCUUCCGCUUCGACUGGCCACCUUACAGUUGGAGGCUUCUGGGGCCUCAUUUCCGUCAGUUGUACAGCAUGCCCAGAGGGUCGAGUCAGAGAUGGGUCGGGCACAUAAUAGGGGUGGCGACAAGAAAGCUCGUAGAUUUGACAGUUUCGGAGGUCCUAUUAGAGGUGGGGGACACCAUGACAGGGUUCGUCAUCAUCCCUACAGCCGCCCCAUCCAGUCGUCACUACAGGCUUUAGCAAGUGGUUCUUCAAAUUAUAGUGGGAAAAGUUCUAAACAGACUUCCCGAGGAUCUUACUCUCAACCCUUAGACCCCGGUGGGUAUUCUGGUUUUUCUAUGACAGUUAAGCAGCCUAUGGCCAGAUGAGCAUGUUUUGAGUGUGGUGAGACAGGGCAUUACGCGAAAGAGUGUCCUAGAUCCAGGCAGGGUUCUAAGGUUCAAAUAUCUAGGCCGCAAACACUGCCAGCUAGAGAAGGAGGAUAUUCUAAUAAAUGGGGUUCGCAGUGGAGUAUAGGUGGCCAUUAGCCUAGCAGAGGUGGUCAUCAGUCUGGUAGGGGAAGCACUCAGUCAGUGAGAGGAGGAUCUCAGGCAGUCCGUGGUGGUCGUGGAGGCACACAGUCCGAAGGUGGACGUUCCCAUUUCUAUGCUUUUCCGGGUAGACCAGAGGUCGAGGCCUCUAAUGCGGUUAUCACAGAGUACGAUCCAGGUUCCAGUUCUACACCCCGUGGCUGAUACGCGAGGGUGACAUCUUUCAGUCAUUCAGGGUGAGCUACUUGGUCAUCCGUGGCCCCUGAAGGACCUCCUCUAUUUAUUCUGUUUUUGUAUUCUACAGACAAUAUGUAGCCUUCUGGCAUUUUCAGACUUCUAUUCGGUAAUAUGUUAGCGCUCUUGUACCCUUUGACCAUAUUUUUGGGAUUGUCGUGACAUUUCUAGUUAUGAUAAGUAUUUAAGACUUGAUAACUUA